GCUUUAUUUGCUUUUCCAAGCUCAUCAACAAAAGCAAAAGCAUGAAGAUGCAAAAGGCAACCACAUUGCGCGGCUCGUAGAAGCCUCAGCACCAAAAGCGGAAAGAUCGGGACUAUAAUAAAUAUCGAAUAUUCUCCUUACCAUCUCUCGUUGGUUUUCAACGCGCUGUCUCUUUUUUUCUCAUUCAACGGUCCAAAACAUCCCGUCCAGAUUUCAAACUCCACCUGGCCGUUGAUUUCAUUCGAAGGAGCCAUCAUCACUACUUGUGCUUGCGCUCGUGUAUUGUUGUAUUUUAGAAAAACCACAGCCGCAUUCCGGAAAUUCCGUUCUCAGUCGCUGGUAGCUGUUUAUAUAGCUUGAAGGGCUUUGAGUUGGUUUUAAAAAAAAGGAUUUCUAGGGUUUGAGGGAGAGAGAGAUGGUGAGUCUGGCAGGUUUUUGGUCGAAGAAGACUCUGCUUGCUAUUGGAUUGGGGCAGUUCGUUUCGCUUCUGAUCACCUCAACUGGAUUUUCAUCUUCGGAACUUUCGAGAAAAGGGAUCAAUGCACCAACUUCGCAGUCUUUUCUAAAUUAUGUGCUUUUGGCGAUUGUUUAUGGAAGUAUGCUGAUUCAUCGAAGAAAAGCACUUCAGAUGAAAUGGUAUUACUAUUUGAUGCUUGCUAUUGUUGAUGUAGAAGGCAAUUUUCUAGUGGUGAAGGCCUAUCAGUACACAUCCUUGACAAGUGUCAUGCUGCUAGAUUGUUGGACUAUUCCAUCUGUCAUUUUCCUGACAUGGAUGUUCUUGAAGACAAAGUACAGAUUGAGAAAGUUUGUUGGUGUAGGUGUUUGUGUUGCUGGUCUCGUUAUGGUUGUAUUCUCCGAUGUCCAUGCACAUGAUCGAGCAGGAGGGAGCAACCCUGUUAAAGGAGAUAUGCUUGUGAUUGGCGGGUCCAUGCUCUAUGCAAUUAGUAAUGUUAGUGAGGAGUUUCUGGUGAAAAGCGGAGAUAGAAUUGAGCUCAUGGCAAUGCUGGGCUCCUUUGGAGCUGUUAUCAGUGCAUGCCAAAUAAGCAUACUUGAGCGAAAUGAGCUUCAAUCAAUUCACUGGACAGCCUCUGCAGUGCUACCGUUUAUUGGGUUUGCGCUGGCUAUGUUUUUUUUUUACUCUUUGGUCCCAAUCUUGCUUAAGAUGAGUGGCUCAACCAUGCUUAACCUCUCCCUAUUGACCUCAGAUAUGUGGGCUGUUUUCAUCCGCAUCUUUGCAUAUCAUGAGAAGGUUGACUGGAUGUAUUUCAUAGCUUUUGGUGCGGUUGCUGUUGGGCUAGUUGUCUAUUCAGGGGGUGCAAAGGAAGUGGAGGAAAACAGAGCCCAAAUUGCCGAGGACAGUAAUGUGCAGAGCAAGGAAAGGGAUGAGGAGGUUGGAUUAGAUGAUUCCGUUCAAGGACCUAUAGUUGGGACCAAGCAAACAGGAGAUGGUAAAUACUGCCCCUCAGCUCCCCCAGCUGUUUCUGAAGUGGUUCCCAUUGAUGAUAACAAGAAUGCCGAAAAACAUGCCUAAGCAAAGAUUACAUGGUUAUGAAAUUCUCUUUUGUAGUAGGGAGGGGUCCUUAUUACACCCUCGUCAGCGAUGGGCAAUAGCAAAGAAGCAGUGCUGCUGUCUGAUUAUAUCUAAGCAGAGACGGUGGAUUGCUGUUUUACAAGGAAAAAUGGUUGCUGUUGGUGAUCGAUCGAUGUGCAAUUUCUGUGUUGGAAUCAUGUUUAAAUCAGCAUAAUUCAGGGGAAAUAAGCUACAUUUUGAUGUGUUAUUGGCCGUCUGGGGUUAUUGCUACAUGUGUAUCUUUUCUGUGGGGCCAUUGAGCCAUGAGGGCUGGUGCUUGUGUUUACAAUCAUUUUGGAAUUAAAAAGAAAAGAAAAGAAAAAAAAAGCUAUGCCUAUGAUUCUCUAAUAAUAAGAGAGAAUGU